GGAAAGUACACGAUUUAAUAUAAUUUAUUUGAGCUUCAAUUUCCAAGAAUCAAGCAUCUUCUAAAGUCCUUAUUCUAUCUUGCGUAAGCCAGGGUUAUUCUUUACGUGACAGAACAGUUUACGCUACGUCUGUGUCUAUCAAAACCUUUUUACAGUCGCCUAUAUGCAUUCGCCAUACUCACAACCAAUCGUCUCCUUCUGGGGGAGUAGCCAACAAGAAAAGCUGCAAAAAUGUAUGACGGAAACGCUGCAAUUGAUGCGGUAUAGCGGUGCAGAGCCUGUCAGCAGAAUCCGCAAUUUGAUAUCCUGCAGGUUUUAUUUUUGCCUUUUUAAUUGUAUAAUUUAAAGCUGGUUAUGAGCCGAGACAAUAUAUAUCAGAAUUAGCAAGACUGUACAGUUCGGAUAUUAUUGUUGAAAGAUGUCCAAUAUUUUGCAUGCAGCCACUAAAGUGAAAUGGAACCAGUCAGCUGCAGCAAAACGUGCUGCGUUUCUUGUCGCUGCUGUCUAUGGAGUGAAAACACUGUACCCAGUAAUUUGCAAGCAGAUCAACAAAAGAUCACAGCCAGGGAAAUCAAAAGCCUGCACAUCAGAGGAAGAAAACGGAUUAUUAUUACAAGGAUCAGAAAUAGCACCAACAAGAUCUCCGGGUGUAAAUGCGGAGUUUUUUAACCAGAUUCUUCAACUUGUAAAAAUCCUCUUUCCGAAGCUCGUCACUAAAGAGCUGGGGUUGCUUUGUUUGCAUUCUUUGGCUUUAAUCUCCAGAACAUUUUUGUCUAUUUAUGUGGCCGGUUUGGACGGUAAAAUCGUGAAGACUAUAGUUGAAAAGAAACCGAGGAGCUUCGUCAUCAAAUUAAUUAAAUGGCUUCUUAUAGCCAUACCGGCCACAUUUGUCAAUAGCGUAAUACGUUAUUUGGAGUGCAAGCUUGCUUUGGCCUUUCGCACUCGCCUUGUGGAUCAUGCGUAUAAAACAUAUUUCACAAAUCAGACAUACUAUAAAGUCACCAAUAUGGACGGGAGACUGGCGAAUCCAGACCAGUCCCUCACUGAGGACAUCAUGAUGUUUUCACAAUCGGUUGCACAUUUGUAUUCCAACCUUACCAAACCAAUUUUAGACGUGAUACUAACCUCUUACACCCUCAUUCAAACUGCUAGAUCGAGGGGGGCCAACGCAUCAGGACCAACCCUGUUAGCCGGACUAGUGGUGUAUGCUACGGCGAAGGUUCUGAGAGCAUGCUCCCCGAAAUUUGGGAAACUGGUGGCAGAGGAGGCACACAGGAAAGGUUACUUGCGUUAUGUGCAUUCCCGUAUCAUUGCCAAUGCUGAAGAGAUCGCAUUUUACAGAGGUCACAAGGUAGAGAUGAAGCAGCUGCAGAAAUGUUAUAAGGCCCUUGCUGAUCAGAUGCACUUAAUUUUGUCAAAGCGCCUUUGGUACAUCAUGAUAGAGCAGUUCCUGAUGAAGUAUGUGUGGAGCAGCUGUGGCUUAGUCAUGGUGGCAGUACCCAUAAUCACAGCCACUGGUUUUGCUGAUAACGAGUUAGAAAAUGGAGAAACACAGGUCUUGGUUAGUGAAAGAACUGAAGCUUUCACUACAGCUCGUAACCUUCUGGCCUCCGGAGCUGAUGCUAUUGAGAGAAUAAUGUCUUCCUACAAAGAGGUCACUGAACUUGCGGGCUACACUGCUCGAGUCCAUAAUAUGUUUUUGGUCUUCGAUGAAGUACAAAAAGGAGUUUACAAGAGAUCCACUGUUACUCAGACUGCUGCAUCAGACAACACAAGUGCAGCUAGGCCUGAAAUGCACAUCAAUGGCCCCCUUGAAAUCAAAGGACAUGUCAUUGAUGUGGAUAACGGGAUCAUAUGUGAAAAUGUCCCAAUCAUCACUCCCAAUGGUGAUGUGGUUGCUUCCAGCUUAAAUUUUAAGGUGGAGGAAGAGAUGCAUCUCCUAAUCACUGGUCCUAAUGGCUGUGGCAAGAGUUCUUUAUUCAGGAUUUUGAGUGGUCUGUGGCCUGUCUAUGGUGGGCUUCUAUACAAGCCUCCGCCCCAGCACAUGUUCUAUAUUCCACAAAGACCCUACAUGUCGAUAGGAACUUUGCGGGAUCAAGUCAUAUACCCUGACUCUGUAGAAGACAUGCAUGGCAAAGGCUACAGAGACCUGGACCUAGAAAUCAUUCUGGACAUUGUCACUUUGAAUCAGAUAGUUCAAAGAGAGGGUGGUUGGGAUGCAGUUAUGGAUUGGAAGGAUGUUUUGUCUGGUGGAGAGAAACAGAGGAUGGGCAUGGCAAGGAUGUUUUAUCACAGACCAAAAUAUGCUUUACUAGAUGAGUGUACAAGUGCUGUCAGCAUUGAUGUGGAGGGAAAGAUUUUUCAGGCUGCAAAGGAUGCUGGAAUUUCUCUGCUUUCUAUCACACAUAGGCCGUCCCUCUGGAAGUACCACACUCACCUCCUGCAGUUUGAUGGUGAAGGCGGUUGGCGUUUUGAACAGCUGGAUACAGCGACUCGACUCUCCCUCACAGAGGAGAAACAAAGGCUUGAGUCCCAGCUUGCCGGGAUUCCCAAAAUGCAGCAUAGACUCAAUGAACUGUGCAAGAUCCUGGGGGAGGAUUCUGUCCUCAAGACUACUGCUCUUGAGGGUGAGGAUUAAACAUUUUCCCUUUUCUAGCCGAGGGAACAAAGAAGCAAACCCGAACAAGCGAUAUAAAGGGUGUAUAUUCCACAUCAUGUUUGAUUGUAUAUUAUUUGCUUAAUCUGUCAGACUACAGUACCACUUUCUCAUUUAAUCAUCUUUUGUUAAACAAUUUUACCACAUUACACUAGAAUUAUUGUAAAAGGUGGUGAUGUAUUGUAACUAUACAGUAUGUGUUUACAAACACUAUCAAAGAUUUUAGCGCUUUACCCAAUCUUACAAGAUUGUUUGCAAAAACUAAAGUUGCAACACUGUGCUAGUACCUUUAUGUGUUGGGUGGAAAGAAAACAUGAGAAAAACUGUUUAGUAUACUGUGCUAAAUUCUAUGAUAGCUUUUUAAAUUUUAGUUUUUUCUGAACCUUAUUUUAUGUCAGAGCCUAGACUGUCAAAACAGUGUGUGAUAUAUGCAAAAACAUAAAAUUACUGGGUUUAUCAAGGUAUGUCUGCCAAAAUGCAAUUAGCAUGUUUUUUUGGUUGAAAGAAAAUCAAACUGUUAAUGUUACAAAACUAGAAACACUCAAUCCAGAAAGCCUGUUGUAGGACCCAAGGGUGUGCUUAAAAUGUUAUUUAUUAAUUUUGUAACAGCUUUAUUUUUCAUUUACAAAAAUGCAGCACAUUUUGGCACGAAGGCCUUUAUAAAUCAGAUCCAAGGCCCUUAUUCACUAAUAAUGCAUUAUUUUUGGGCUGGGAAAUCCUAAUGCAUGUAUUUUUGCAAUACAUUAACUAUCUUAAUAUUUAACAAAUGGUGACUUUGUAUAAAUUCCCCUGUCCACACAAAAGACUUCCUAAGAUAAUUUACCUAUACCUUUUAUAUUGGGACAUACCUCGUGCAUUAACAAAUACAGGUAAGAAAAUGGUCAAAUCCACUGAAAGUUCAGUUAAGAGAAACAGUGAGAUGUUUAGGAGCAGGUUGUAUUGCUUGGGGAGUUGUGGUGCAACUGCUUCAACCUGUUUGGCAGCGGGGUGCUGCCACAAUUGAAGGAAACAAAAAGCAUGGUAUAAUAGUAUGAAAACUUGACAAAUGGAGGACAAAUAAUAGGCAGCAAUUGUUAUACUGAUAUAUCCGUCGGAUAACUAGGGUAAAGUCCUAACAUGAUUUAAGUUCUUUAAAAAUGUAAAAGCCAUUGAAAUUGAAGGAUAAAAAUACUGUAAUAAAUAAAUUAGGACAUUGUGACAUAAUGUAAAAAAAGGCAAAGAUACAAUUUCUUUAAAAUAUUUAGACCUAAAUAACAAGUCAUACUUGAUGCCAACUUAGGUGACAAACAACAACUGCUACUAAAACUAGGCUUAACAGAUAAAACUAGCUUGUUAAAUCAACUUUUUAAAUAGGAACUGUUAAAAAAAAGAAAAAAUGCUUUUAUGCAUAAAUAAUGCAUUUAAAUUUUAGUGAAUGAGGGCAAACAUAUUUUAUUAUUGAGGAGGGCAGCUUUGACCAGAAUCCGCUGGAAGGAUAUCUUACGAUACCUUAGUAUAAUGGUUCUGGAUUGAUGUGAGAUAUAGUUUGGCAUAAAUGCAUGUCAUUAUUAACAAUUUUAUCUUUGUAAAUAUCAUACAACGUAUCCCAUCAGGACCACAUUUCGUUACAUAUCAUCCAUGUGGUCAAUUUGAUACAAAGCAAAUCUUUUGUGAGUUAAAGGAACAAUGAUAUUAAACUAGUAUAUUACUGACAAAAGAAAUUGUCCAUCUGAACUAGCCCCAAACUCUUAGUAAAAAUGCUGUUUUACUGUGAAUUUUAAGUUUGUGCAUUGUUGUAUGAAUAUUUUAUAAUGCCAUUCUGGUGAUUGGAACUCCUAUGACUGGAAAAGGCAUAUUUUAAUCUUUUAUUUAUUUUUUUUAAUUAUUAGAUUGAAAUGAUAGGGUUUUCUAAAAUGUUUAUUGAAACUAAAAGCAAAAAAAAAUGUGUGCUUUUAUUUGGUAAAAUGUAUUGUACAAUGCAAUUUUGCAGCAGUGUGUGACUGUAUAGAAAUGAUCAGGUUAUUCUAGGUGGGUAAUAAUUGAGUUACUUAAAUGUUUCAAUCUAUUUUUAGUCACAACCUAAAUGCAACACCUCUAACAAAUCCCAUGUGAAUCCUGACAGCUAUUUGGGUGUAACUGUGAUGGGCUAUACUGGCUAAUAGUGAUAUGCCCAUAGCAGUCAGGCACACCGUGGCUAUUAUUGAGUGGGAUGAAAUGUUUUUGUAGUAUGUGCUUUCAGAAUGGUAUGUGUGAGUCUUUCCCACACUUUGACUGACUGUGGGAAACUUUGGGUGGUUAGAAGAGAAAUACUGCUAAAUCUGUUCCUAAAUCCUGAGUCCUGCAAUAUCAGGGAAUCUAUAACUUUAACCGAACUGUUGCUGGCCUUGAACCAAUGUACUGUACAUUUACCAUCCUUUUGUAAAUGUAGUUAGGUAAGAGCAUGUGCAUAAUUAGUAUAUAAUGUUUGUAACUUUCAAAAAAUAUUUUUUCAUUGUUUCCUAAUCCUAUACCUCAGGCUGAUUUUCAUCAGAAUGAAGCAGAAAACAAGAUCAAAUAAUGAAUGUGUAUUUAAUAUUAUGGUUUGUGAAUUGAAAGAAUAAUAGUGAAUGUGCUUAUGCAUGAUAUGGCUAUCUGAUGGAAACUUAAAAAUGUGCUCUAUAUUUUGGCAUAAGGGUCCAGUUUUUCUAGUUUGAAAGAAACAAUCUGUUCGGCACACACUGUACUUGGCAGCUCAAUAGGGUUGUAAUUUUUCACUAGUGUAACUGUACUUAAAAUGGUGCACUGCUAUAUUAAAGAAGUUCUUUGCCUUU